GGCGGAAUUUUAGUCUUAAUCGAGACGUCAACCGCGGCGGAAGGAUUUACGGUUAGGAGAAAGACUUCCGAAAACACGACCGCUUCAGGCAAUAAUGUAAAAUUCGACGGUGUCGCCAAUAACGGUAGAAUUUGAAUCGCAAUUAACAGCUCCGUAAAAUCGGUGUCGAAACGCUAAACACGUCGGGUGAUCGAUCAAUCAGCCUGAGACAGGUGAAAUGGCAUUUUCGGCCAAAUUUUGUGUUUUGGCUCUUGCGAUCGUGAUUUUGUGCAUCGGUUCCGGUGAUGCGUUUUUCUUCUUGCUAAAAUCGUUGGCUCACAUCGGACGAUAUGACGACGGCUACGACGACCAAUACAACUAUGUGCAACCUACUUAUGGAAAUCCACAGGUGAAGGAGAUUCCGGAGUAUGAUUUUAUUAUCGUGGGAGCUGGUCCUGCCGGGUGUGUUCUGGCGAAUAGGUUGUCCGAAAAUGCGCGAUGGAAGGUUCUUCUGUUGGAGGCGGGACCCGGAGAGAACGAAUUGAACAACAUUCCGAUAUUGACGACGUUUUUGCAGAAUUCACAAUACAACUGGGCCGAUGUUGCGGAAGCUCAGAACGAGUCUUGCUGGGGUAUGAUUGACCAACGGUGCAGCAUACCCCAUGGCAAAGGACUUGGCGGCUCUACGCUCAUCAACUACAUGAUGUACACACGAGGUAAUCCAGCCGAUUACGAUCGAUGGGCUGCAAUGGGAAACCCAGGUUGGUCGCACAACGAAGUUUACCCGUACUUUCUGAAAACCGAACGUGCAUCGCUGCGAGGACUGGAAAACUCCUCUUAUCACGGAUACGACGGAGAACUCAGCGUUGAGUUUCCACCGUUUCGCACCGAUCUGGCCCGGACCUUCGUAAAAGGCGCCCGAGAAAUUGGCCACAAGAAGAUCGAUUACAAUGGGAAAGGUCAGCUUGGAGUGUCCUACGUACAAACGAACACAAUCAAUGGAAUGCGUCAGACUGCGUAUCGUGCAUUGAUCGAACCUAUUCUGGCCAACCGACCGAAUUUACAUGUGAAGGCUUACAGUAGAGUGACAAAGAUCUUGAUUAAUCCAAACACCAAAAGUGCGUAUGGAGUAACCUAUACGAAAAACUUCCGAAAUUUCGACAUACACGCUCGCAAGGAGGUUAUCGUUACUGCAGGAGCCAUAAAUACACCGCAGCUAUUGAUGCUAUCUGGAAUCGGUCCUGAAGAUCUACUCCAAGAUAUUAAAGUUCCGGUAGUGCAGAAACUUCCAGUGGGGCAGAAUAUGAUUGACAGCAUUGUAUUCAAUGGAUUGACAUUCGUAUUGAACGAAACUGGACGCGCUUUACUCACCGAUAGCAGAUUCCAAUUGAACUCUAUAGCAGAUUACUUCAACGGUCAAGGUCCCUUGACAGUUCCAGGAGGGGUGGAAGCUGUCGAUUUCUUGCAAACCAGUCGUGCUGAUCAACCGGGUGUACCAGAUGUUGCAGUAAUUUUCUCAACGGGAUCUUUGGUUUCUGACGGAGGACUUGGGUUGCGCAGUGGAAAACGGAUAAAGACAAGCUUGUACAAUAAGGUUUAUAAACCAUUGGAGACCUUGCCGAACGAUCAGUGGACUGCUACCGUUGCAUUACUUCAUCCUAAAUCCAGGGGCUACAUUAAGCUGCGGAAUGCAAAUCCAUUCAACAGUCCUAAGAUACACACAAACUAUCUGACGGAGGACGAUGAUGUUGAAACUUUGCUCGAGGGAAUCAAAGAAGCGGUACGGCUUUCGAAAUCUCCCUCGAUGAAGCGUUACGAUGCACGUGUGCUUGGAAUUCCACUUCCCAACUGUAAGCAAUACGAGAUUAGCGAUGACGACUAUUGGCGAUGCGCUAUACGGACGCUUUCCAGUACGGCAUAUCAGCAGCUCGGCACAUGCAAAAUGGGACCUCAGGGCGACCCAACGGCUGUAGUUUCCUCGGAUUUGGAAGUACACGGCGUAGAAAAUCUAAGGGUCGCCGAUGUGAGCGUUGUUCCAACUACAAUUUCCGGACACUCCGCUGCCAUCGACUAUAUGAUUGGCGAGAAGGCGGCUGACCUGAUCAAACAACGAUGGAAUAUGUGAUUGAAAUAGAAUACUGCCCAUUUGUUUAUCUGAGAAUCGCUUCAUCUGAGAUAUUAAGAAUCUUACAAUGUAAGAUGUAACGUUUAAGAAUAAGUAAGAUAAUUUAUUGCAUUUUUUAGAAAUAAAUGAUACCGAUA